GAGAGAGGGGGAAGAGCAGGGAGGGGGGGGAUGUGAGACGCACACAAUGUAAGCUGCGUGGGUGAAGCGCUCUCAUCUGGCUGCUGAACUCGUCCGAUGUACGGUAAAUGGAAUGCGGCACUGCCGCGGAUGCGAGGAUCGUUGUGAAUAGGGUGCGAGGAGGAUGGGCGAGACGGACAUGAAGGAGCGAGUUACUCUGACGACGUCGGUUGGGGUCUGCGCGGCCCUGCAGGAGCAGCUCUGCUCAUGCCGGUGGUCCUGUGGGAGCUUGUGGAACUUAUCACUUGUGCGUAAGAUGCGCCUGUCUCGGCGCGUGCUCUUCACGGCCACGCUGGCCGGGCUGCUGCUCUACUUCAGUCCGAACCUGCACACGCUGUGGGGCAGCCGCAGGCAGCUCGGACGGCCCGUAGACGUGGGCUUGGCGAGCGAACACGACGUGACGAGCAACAGCGCCCACAUGUCUAGCAUCGCGGCUGUCCUGCCUCAACUGACUGAGCUGCACAUUCCCUACCGGAUAAAGUCGGAAAUGCUGACGUUACUGCCCAGCAACACGUGCACAUGCGAGAGCUCCGCACCGCUGCUGCCCGUGCCGGGUCUCGACCGCCUCCUGCCCCACAAGCAGGUCCAGCAGCUGGAGGCGGCGUUCGAGGUGCCACUGUUGAAGGACACAAGCCGGCGCCGGCAGCGGGAGUACUUGACCUUCAUGCUCAGGCACGCACUCCCCGUGAAGAAGGUGCUGGUGGCAGAGCCCAACUCGCCACUUUCCUACCCGACCCAGGGGCUGCAGGUGCCGCCACUGCAGACUAUCCUCAUACCGGGAUUAGGACUACAUAAUGGUGACAAAGAAAUGAAAAAGGUGACGCUGUCCGCGAAGCUGGGGGUGCUGGACACAGUGGCGGAGGUGGGAGAGGUGAUGGCAGAAGGGCUGGGCGAGUCACGCCUCUCCCUGAGCAGCUCCCACCUGGAGAACCUCAACCUGCAGCUGCGCACAGUCACGUACACCAACACGGUGUACCAGCCGGGCACCUCCGAGAUGGUGCAGAUGGAGAGCGGGAAACACAGAGCUGAGAUACCGAUCGUUGUAGCGCACCAGAGCUUGCCCUGGCUCUACGACCCUGGUCCUGAUGGAAAUAUCAGCAACCUCGUGACGGUGGUAACCAAGACGUUCUUGCGCUACGACAAGCUGAAGGGGCUCAUUGCCAGCAUCAGGAGAUUCUACCCGGACAUCACCAUCAUCGUGGCGGAUGACUCUGAGCACAUCGAGAUGCUCCGCGAACCGGGUGUGGAGCAGUACAUCAUGCCUUAUGGGAAGGGUUGGUUUGCUGGCAGGAACCUUGCCAUUUCCCAGGUGAGCACCAAGUACCUGCUGUGGGUGGAUGAUGACUUCCUCUUCUCGGAGAACACGAAGCUGGAGCGCAUGGUGGAGGUGCUGGAGAAGACUUCCCUGGACGUGGUUGGAGGAGCAGUGCGGGAGGUGACCGGCUUCCAGACCACGUUCCAGCACAAGCUGGAGGUGCAAGCAGGAGGACCCGAUGGGUACUGUCUGCACCAGCACCGUGGUUACUACCACCCGCUGGCCGGCUUACCCAACUGCGUGCUCACGGACGGAGUGGUGAACUUCUUCAUGGCGCACACGAGAAACGUGCGCCGGGUUGGAUUCGACCCUCAACUCAACCGCGUGGCUCACACAGAGUUUUUCAUCGACGGGCUGGGUGAGCUUCGCGUGGGCUCAUGCAGCGACAUUUCGGUGAAUCACGCUUCCAAAAUCAAGCUGCCUUGGACUCGGGGGGACAGCGACCGCAAGUACAACGAGUUCCGCUAUGCUAGCGACGCAGACGGAGUCCUCAAGCGAAUGCUCCGCUCCCUUUACUUCAAGAACCGCCUGAAGUGCUACAGCAAGGAUUAAUGUCUAUUAUUAAGGCAUCCCUCCAGGAACCUGGAGGAGCCUGGACGGAUGCAGCAAUGAGAUUAAAAUGUUGCCAAUUUGUCCCUAAACCCACUGAACAACAAGUUUUGGGCAUGUUUUUUACACGUAAGCUGUCUGCCUAUAAAAAACUGAAAUCGUUGCUCUUAUAUACACUCAGCAGUCAUAACUACACACUCCAAUGGAAUUAGAGGAUUAUUUUUUGUCCACGAAACAGAUGUGUGCUAAGCACAAUGAGGACUUUGUUGAGGUUUUUUUGAGGUAAAGAUACUUAGUGGAAAGAAUCGCCAUACAACCACCUAGUUUACUGGGCAAUGGGGACAAUAUAUUGGAUGAUUUUGAUUAAAAUAACAAUUUCGGAUAAAAAAAUGUGAAUGUUAAUGAUGUGUUUAAAUCUCUUUGUCUGAAGUGUGCAUGUGAAAAAACACUUUUAGUGUGGCGUGUGUGAGGGGCAACUUUGCCUUGCUGCUUAUGAUGGAAUUUUCACUGUUUAUGUUGAGGACUCUUUUUUCUAAUGAACAAGUUCAUAGCACAUAAAUAAAACCACUACUGUUUUGUAAAGCAUGGUGAAUAUUUUUUCAAAACAGCUAAAAAAAUCAGAAAUGUGCAUAUACUUACGAGCAAUUAUAGUAUGAAUUAACUUUCUAUAUGGGAAUAUAAUUUAUGAUUCAUUAAAAUGAUUGAUUUGCUGCUUGAGAUGACAUUUUAAACUAAAUGAAAGACAAAACACUGCAUUGUUUUUUGUUUAUGAAGUGGUAUGUCAAUAUGAUUUUUUAUGCCAAUAGAAUUCAAUAAAAAAUGUCAAGUGCUUUUAAAAA